AUGAUUUGCCCAGAUUUCCUAGAAUUUCAAGAUAUUCUGAAGAAGAUGAGGGUCUUAGAUGACAAGAUUGUUUACGCCCUAAAUACAUCUUUACCAACAGAAUCUUUCCAAAAAAAGGUUAAUGCUACAUCUGCAUGUGAAGAUUUGUAUUCCCAAAUACAAAAAGGCAAUUAUGACAGGGAGAAUGUUAUUAAAAAUUGUAUUGUUGCAACAGCUGAAACAGUUAAAAAACUAAAAGCUGCUAAAGAACACACACCAGACGAUUUUGAUGUGUUAAAGAAUUUGAAGACUGAGCAAAAAAAGCUGCGUUUAUUACAGACAGAAUUAAGUGUUGAAGAAGUUAUAAAAGAAAAGACAACAAAAUUGUUUAUGGAAAAAUGUCGAAGUUUCUAUAAACCAAAAGAUUUAUGA